CUAGCUUUGCUUCUUAUAUAUGCAAUAAGCUAGCCAAUACCAAAAACCCUCCCUCCACGGUCCACCCAUCCGCGCUCCAUAUUCUCUCUCUUCUCUCCAAUCGAGUUGCAGGAGCUUAGAGCUUGCUUUAGUUUCUUUAAUGGCACUAUGGGCUUUAUUUCUUCUACUUCUUCUUCAACCAUCAUUUCUUUUGAAGUCCUCAAUGGCAAAUCUCGAAGGUGAUGCUCUUUUUGCAUUGAGAAGAGCCCUUAAGGAUCCAGCAAAUGUUCUACAGAGUUGGGAUCCUACGUUGGUGAAUCCCUGCACAUGGUUCCACGUUACUUGCGACGGAGAUAACAGGGUUACUAGAUUAGACCUAGGCAAUGCAAAUCUUUCUGGCAAACUAGUCCCUGAACUAGGGAGGCUUGAACACCUCCAAUAUCUGGAGUUGUACAGGAACAAGUUGAGAGGACCCAUACCAAAAGAGAUAGGAGCAUUGAAAAGCCUCCUCAGCUUGGGUCUCUACCACAAUAACCUCAGUGGCCCCAUCCCUCCCUCCCUAUCUAGGCUCACCAACCUCAAGUUUCUGCGACUGAACGGGAACAGCCUCACUGGCAGAAUACCAAGGGACCUCACCACGCUUCCAAACCUCAAGAUCAUAGACGUGUCGAACAAUGACUUAUGCGGUAGCAUUCCAACCACAGGAUCUUUCUACAAGUUUAACGAGCGAAGUUUUGAGAACAAUCCCAGACUGAAAGGCCCAGAGCUGAUGGGAUCCGUGAAUUAUGAGAUAGGCUGCUAACUGAUCAUAUAUAAUAGAAUAUGUGCUUGCUGCGCUGUUUAAUUUCCUUCUUCUUGUGUGCUUUUAUUCUUCAAGGGAAUUAUUUAAAGCAAGUGAGUUGAGGAGUUUCCUUUGUUA